AUGAGAGAACAUGAAGAAAAAUCAAAAAGGAUUGUGCAAAAAUUUUUGGAAAAUCUAAACAACAGAUCCAAAAACAAACAACGUUCUAUCUCGACACCACCACCAGCGCAGCUCACUCCCAUCCAAUCAGCAGGAACAACAUCGACUUCACAAACAGUUGCUCCAGUAGUCCAAAGUAAUAAAGAAUUUAUCAAUUCGACUAUGAUACAAUCAACUUCGGUUCAAUCAACAAGAACAAUUACAACACAAAAAACAAAAUUAUCGCAGAAUACCAAAAAUAGAACGUUGCCUUCUCAAACUUCGGCCAAAGUUUCAUUUCCAGACUUUAGUCAUUCAACAGAUGUUUUUCCAUUAACGAUAGCAAUGGAUACAAUGGAUCAUACUCAUGUCCAAUAUGCUAAAAAUAAAGAACCUCUCAAAUUUUAUAAGACAAAAAAUAUGAGAGAACGUGAAGAAAAAUCAAAAAAGGCUGUACAAACAUUUUGGGAAAAUUUAAACAACCGUAAAAAAUCCCAGAUUAAUGAAAAUACUAAUACAUCACAAUCCUCGUUCAAAGUACCAUCUGAAGUACUCGAUAGUUCAGUUUCACAAACAUCUUCUAUUCAGUCAAAGAUGAAAGAAACAUCUAUUCGAUCAACAGAUCAAGUGAAUAGAGUUGUUACAUCUUGGAAAGGAAAAACAGUCGAUCCUAGUAAUAAAGAGACUUUAUUAUCAUUAGAAUCUACAAACAAAAUACAAACUCAGUCUUUUCGCCGAGCGAAUGAAAAUGUAGCAACAACGGUUGCUUUUACAGGUUAUAAUCAACCCUUGACAAAAGUUCUUAAUAAACGCAAAUAUUCUGAAGAUGGGGAAAUUAAUAACGAUAAAUUUAUUAAACUUAUUGUUCCAACAACCCGAAUACAAAGAGAGUCUUCUAUGAAAGUAAAUUUGCCAAGCAUGCCAGUUCCACGAAUUUACAAUAAUAAUCAUAUGCACAGUAUCGCUUCAUUAGGUUCAAAGAAUAGUGGGGUCAAGUCAUUAGUACAACUAUGCACCAUGACAUUAGUUUCAAAUAAACAUCGGCUUUAUCAUUUGGGAAAUACGCCAUACCAUUUACUUGAAUCAAUUUUAAAGUUCUGUACCGAUGAAGAAUUGCGUCAAUUGGAAGAAGUGAAUCCUCGUCUUAUCGAUGAGGAUAUGGAACUUUGGAAACGUUUCUUACAGCAAAAGCUUCCGGGACGACAGUUACCGAGUGAUCCCAAGAUUUAUCGAAAGAUAUAUUUGGAAAAGAAGGAACGCAUUAUUGGUAAACUGAAAAAAGCAAUGGCUGAAGAGAAAGCUAAAAAAGAGGCGCGUCAAGUAAAGAUGCUUUCUGUCGCUCCUCGUGAACCGAAAAGGAAAACUUCGG